CGUUUCCUUCACUAUCUGUUAUCGAUCCAACCUACUCUGGUACUUUAUCACCAUCUUUCAUACCACAUCAAGCAAUUUCAACACAAUCUCCGGUUAUUAGUCCUCAAUUUACUUUAUACGAGAAUAACUUCUCUCCAGCAGAUUUUAGUCCACCUACUAUUAAUCACCAAUUUGACAUCAAUAGUACAAACUUUUAUUGA